AUGAAGUCUAUUGAUCGUCGAUAUGGAAUUACGUAUCGUCGUUUAAAACGAAGAUCUCGACGAUCAAUUCUAUUUUGUGUUAUGAGUGCUAUCAUGAUGUUAUAUCUUUUAUUUAAAUGGAUGCCUCGUCGAGUAGCUUAUCAAAAUAUUCAAUAUGAUGCAUGUCUACAAAAUAGAUUGGAACAGUUUUCGCAUGAUCAAGCUGAAAUGAAUACUAUUUUUAAUCAUGAACCAAUUCAAUAUGGAGAAAUUGUCAGUUUACCAUUUACAGGUUAA